CUUCCCUAUAAUAUCACAUUUUACAACACAUUUUACAAACAAUUUUAAGUAAAGUUUCAGACUUUGAGGCACUCAUCACAAGCCAGACCUCAAUUCAACUCAAUAUUAAAGCAUUUAUUUGCUAUCAUAUGCUUAAUCUCGGUGUUUGUCUUACAUGUCGAGUAUUAGGUCCUUGAAGUGUGUUAUCUCUUUCAACUGAAUACCACAUUUCCUUUCAUAUUAAGUGCACACAAAGUGAUCACUAAAUUUAUAUCCACCGAAAACAUGUCUUUUGCCAUCACUUUCUCCAGAAGCAAAGUCUGGAAACUAAAUGUUAAUAAACUGUGUAAAGUGAUGUCCAAUAGAUAUUCGGUCCAGAAUCCGGCAUUUAUUACUAAACAGAUAAGACAUGCUUCAGACCGUCGUUAUAGUGAUAAACACGAAUGGCUUGCGUUAGACUCGACCCAAAAGGUCGGAACCGUUGGCAUCUCGAAGUACGCGGAGGAAGCGCUGGGAGAUGUGGUGUACGUACAGCUGCCGGAUGUGGACCAACAGUUCGCACAAAAUGAUGAAGUCGGGGCCGUCGAGAGCGUGAAGGCCGCCUCAGAGAUAUUCACACCCGUGUCCGGACGUAUCGUCGAAAUCAACGACAAACUCGAAGAUAAACCCGGUUUAGUGAACUCUUCGUGUUAUGAGAGCGGAUGGCUCUUCAGGAUUGAAUUGUCUCAGAAGGAAGAGUUGGACCAAUUGAUGGAUGAAGAGUCGUAUCAGACGUUCUUGAAGUCCAUUAGAGAAGAAUAAUAAAGUGUUUGAAUACUUAAUCAAUAAUACAUUUUUAUUUGUUAAAAGUAUUAAAAAAUAAUUAGCAAUAAAAUUAUACAAUUAAUAAUUGACCAC